GCGCGAGCGCGGCGCGAGCCGGAGGCCACUCGGUCGAUUUAUGCAACAAGUGUCUGUCCGUUUCUCUCUUCCUCCAACUCUCUCCACGACCGCUGAACGAUUAGUCUUUCCCUUUGAAAUGUCAGUCACGCACGUUAGUUACUUUCAAACGACAGCCGAGGGGAGAAACGUGUUGACAUAAACCUUGUUUGUUUAUAGACAAAACGCGGCCAACUUUUAGGGAAUAAUUGAAGAUGGCGAUGUGCUUUUUAAAACGUUUGCGGCGUCCCGGUCGUUAAAGUGUCAGCAGUUGUCAUUUUCCUUUUGUUUUAGUUAUCUUAAGUUGGUUUUUAGAUUAAUUAGUUUAAUUUAGUUACAACUAACCACAAAUUCUAUUCGGUAAAGAGGUGUUUUGGCGGACAGAGUUUUGACUGGAAAGUAAUGGAAAAUGAUGAGCCUGCAUCACCGGACCCGAUCCAUGACAGCACUCAGAGUAAUAGAGGAAGUCCAGUGCACAAGAAAUCUCAUCUAACUCAGAUUGAGGUGAUCCCAUGUAAGAUCUGUGGAGACAAGUCAUCCGGGGUUCAUUAUGGAGUUAUCACUUGUGAGGGCUGCAAGGGCUUCUUCCGCAGAAGUCAGUCCUCCAGUGUGCAGUACUCCUGCUCCAGACAGAGCAACUGUCCUAUUGACCGCGCCAGCCGCAACCGCUGCCAGAGCUGCCGUCUCAAAAAAUGUGUCGCUCAGGGAAUGAGCCGUGAUGCGGUGAAGUUUGGCCGGAUGUCUAAGCGCCAGAGAGACUCUCUGUUUGCAGAAGUUGAGAGACACCGGCAGCAGCAGCGUCUUCAGGCCAACUCAGUCCAUGAGCCCCAGCCUCUUCCAGCCUACCGAUCCAGCAAAGAGCCCAGAGAACAGUCAUCACAUCUCAUCCCACCUCUUCCUCCAGCUUACCCUUACUCUGUAGAGCCUGAACUGCAAGGCUGCCCUCCAGAGAUGCAUCCAUACCUGGAUUGUCGCAUAGGCGAGGCCCAGGCUCAGAGUCUGGCCUACAGGGGCUCCCACAGGAGAGGUGACAGCAACAGCUUGUCAGCUGGGAGAGGAUAUGACUCCACAAGGUCUACACCGGAGGCUAUUCUGAACAUGAGCGGUAGUGAAAUGGGCAUUCGUCCUUUUGACCCUGAGAGCUCGUUCUUUUCUUACCCCGCAUCUCUACACAUAGGACACAAAUUAAAAUAUUUCGAUGCCUUCCGAGAGCUCUCUGAGCCUCCCAUAGACAGCAAGGAUCCUUACAUGAUCAAGAUUCAGAAUUGUGUCCUGAAGAUGAGUGAAGGUCUUACAGUUUUGGAACGACAUGAGGAGGAGCUCUCUGCAAGUAUCGUUCGUUCCCACAGAGAGACGACUCAGUAUCGACCGGAGGAGCUGCAGGCUCUCAGAUGGAAGGUUUUCAGCAGGGAGGAGAUCCACGCUUACCAGAGCAAAUCGGUGGAUGAGAUGUGGCAGCACUGUGCGGUGCGUUUGACCGAUGCUGUUCAGUACGUGGUGGAGUUUGCUAAACGUAUCCCCGGAUUUCGUCAGCUUUGUCAAAAUGAUCAAAUUGCUCUCCUCAAGAGUGGGUCCAUGGAAGUGGUUCUGGUCCGGAUGAGUCGGAUGUUUAACACAGAAAACAACACAGUAUUCUUUGACGGCAAAUUUGCUGGAACAGAACUUUUCAAAUCCCUUGCAUGUAGUGAUCUGAUAGCUGCUGUAUUUGAAUUUGCUCACAAUCUGUGUGUGCUGAGACUGACUGAACAGCAGAUGGCCGUGUUCACUGCGCUGGUCCUCCUCAAUGCAGUAGAUCGACCGUGUCUGGAGGACAGAGAACGAGUGCAGAGAGCCAGGAGAGAUGUGGGGCUUGCCCUCAGUCACAUUCUGCACAGAGAUAAUCAGGAGAGUCUGCAGCAUAAGCUGUUUCAAAGAGUCCAGGAGCUGGAGUCUCUGUGUGCACUGCACAUUGAGAAACUGCGAUGGUUCCGGCAGCUUUACCCUCUCACGGUGCAUUCCCUCUUCCCUCCGCUAUACAAAGAGCUGUUCGGCUCUGACACAGAUACACAGACACUGACUACUCAUUGAACACACACACACAGGCACAUUUCAUUUGCAAAUGUAGACACCACACACAGUUACAUAUAGUGUAUGCAAUCUAGAUCUAAAUAUAUAAUAUACCUGCUGAAGAAAUAAAAUAUAUUUUUGUAACUCUCAGAAGGACAGAAAAUGAUAUAAAUAGACGAAUGCAUUUAUUUUUUUCAAAUUCUUUUUUGUAGGCCAGAAGCAAAAUAUUACUACAAAUGCAGUUUGAGUAUUCUUAAAUGUUUUUUUUUUUGUUUUUUUUGUCUGCGGAUGUAUUUGAAUGUUUUUGAAGUUGUUGAUGAUCCUAGCUGGAGUAAAGGAGCAUUAGCUCUCAUCGUUAGAAUGUGAUUUCUAAAGCUGAUCAGUUUUGAGACCAGCAAACAGCAGAUUACAAAUGAUAUUUGCAGAUCUCAGAGCUUCAUUAACAACAUUAGAGUUCCUCCUUCUGACCUCCUGCUUGAUUUCUCUGACAGUACAGACAGAGACAUGAAUGCUUAAUGACUUCUGCUACUCAUAGCCUAUUACAUUAUUGCAUUAAUUUAAAUAUGAUCUAUUUUGAUACCUUGUGUAUCAGCUUUUUUGUACUACCCUAGCACUUACAAUGCUUAUCUUUCAUUCAUGGAUGAUGUUUUUGAAUUCACCAUUCCCUUCAAACAGACCAUCUUAAGACAUGUCUUUGGAUUUUCUCUGUUUAUUUAAUCAUUUGAAGAAUUAUCAGACAGAUUUGACAAUAUUUAUGCUCAAAGGUCUAAAAAUGUAUUGAAUACUUUCAUGGAAUAAAAUAUAAUGCUCUUAUUCAAUAGGCUUGUGUAGAAAUUUAGAUUGACAACAGUUCUAUUUUGUCUUAAUUGCAGUUUAAUUUUUGGAAAUCUAUAAACAAAUGUCCAUAUGAUUAUUUGCAGCAGUAUGUGUGCUUUAUACAGUAAAUCUGUAUUUAUCAGAAGUCUCUGUGCAUUUUGUUUUCUGGCGCAGUUUCUGUUCCAUGUUGUGUUCUGCGUUAACUUUAACUUAUCACUCACACAGUGGAUGAAACCCUGCUAUUCUUUUGAUUCUGUUCUGUUUUGGAGCAUAAAUACUUGUUUGCUACUGUAUGUGAUGUGUUGCUUUGCAGAAAAGGCCUAAAAUAAACUUCUGAAAAGUAUAAA